GGCGGCUAUCGUGUACAAGGCUUCCCCGGCCUCGCCUCACUCCCAUCGCCUUGUGAUCUUUCAUCUCUUGUCAUGAGCCGGCGUCGUCUUCAAUUCCUCUGCGACCACCAUCUAUUCUGCAGCUUGUCAUAGCUGCAGGAAGAAGCAGCAGCAGGAUGGCACUCCUAAUAUUGCUCGCCCAUACAGGCGAAGUUCUUGAGGUUGACUCGGGGACCUUUGCAUCCCUCGAUGCAUUCAAGAUUUGGGUUUCGAAACAAAGUCAAGUCGCGAUACAAGAUCAGAUCACUCUGACAUCGUCUGGAAAACCGGUCAAGUUCCAAGGAUUAUCAACAGAGAAAGAAAUCUUCGUGUACGAUCGUCGAAUAGUACAGCCUUCUUCCCCAGGAUCCUCCAAAUCGCUGCAAUCCGAACUUGCUUUACCACCGAAAUACAAUGUCUCGAGGCCGCCAGACACCAUCGCCGACCAAAAUGAUUUACAAGCGUGGAGAGACCUGUUCAUGCAACGAAGAUCAUGGGCUUUGAAACUGGUAGAUGAUUGUUCAAGCAUGUCACAAGAGGCACAGAAACGUUUUGAAGAGGUUGAAGUCAUCCACAGGGGCGUGGAAGCGGCGGUAAUGAAUUUGGAUAAGCACGUCAAGGCACUCGAUCAGAAAAAUGCGGACAUCCAAACCUGGGCUGCCGAGGUACAGAAAGAACAAGAUUUGGCGGGACCAGAUUGGAUUGAUUCUCUGUCCCGGCUUCGGUCCAUACCUGUUACGACUGAAAUGAUUAAGUUCAUUACUGGACAUGAUCCUCGCAGGAAUCAGAAGAGGCACACGUUGGUAGACUUGGUCGAUACUGACGAGAUAAAGAGUGCUGGCAAACUCGUACGAAAUGUUGCCUCACGCUUGGCCAAGAACAGUGAAGACCUAUCCGCAAGGGUAAAUGAAGUCUUCAGCAAGGCAGAUGAUAUGUAUGCGAACGUUGAGCAAGGCGUCCAAAAGGCACUAGUCGGCAGAGCUGCCGAGCCAGCCCAGCUGAUGGAGGACAUCGAAGCCAUAGCAAAGAAGGUCAGCAAUGACUACGAGAAUGUUUCAGGGUAUUCAAAUACCCCAAAGAAUGUCUCGCUAGCUUCCAAGUCGGCACUCCUCCACACCAAGAACUUUUUACCGAAUCUCUCGAAAAGGUGUCUAGAGAUGGAUGGCAUCUUAUUCAAUGCUACAGAAGCACGGAAUUUGAUCGCGGCCGAAUCUCUAAGUGCAAUGCGAGAAAUCGCGACUCUGACUUCCAUGGUUGCAGAAGCCAACGCAGCCUUUGCUGCUAUGGAUUUAGAAGAAGAGGCUUACGAUGCGUGCCACCUGUUGUCUGUAGUGAACUCUCUCCCGGUCUCAUAUGCUUCCUUCUUGGCUGAAGCGAUACGACGCAAGGAGUGGAGCGAUAAGGUCAGAUCAGAUUCAUCGACGCUGGCCAAUGAGAUGGCUUCGUUCCAGGAUGAAGAAGUCAAACGGCGCAGAAAGUGGCAGAAGAUUACGGGGACUGCCUUUUGGGGUGAUAAGACUGAGAGAGACGUCGUUGGAUUAGAGGUCAAGUUACUUGGUACCGAAGACCAGUGGCCUCAUGUUGGUAGGCAAGACCUUGAGGAAGUCUUGGAAAUGUUACAAUCCCAGGAUGCAAAGUCCAGUGUUGUAGCAGACGUCACGAGAAUCAUUGCGGAACUCGACAAUCCGACUAAGCAGCAGAGCAAGCGAGCGAAGGCCUUUAAAGCUGGCAGCAUACAUGAGGCAGCGCUUGGACGAAGUACGCUCUUGACAAGAGGCGACGAUGAUCUCAUUCGCGUCUUGCAAGAGGAUAAACAAAGAACCGAGAAUAGGCUAAAAACAGCCGAAAGUCGAGUUCGAAGGCUUGAAGACCUGUUACAUCGACAGUCACAAAUGACUAGGCCCUCAAACGGGAACAUAUUUCCUCCUUCUGGAAACCCCAGCCCUGACCUCCAAAAUGUUAUCAACCCGCUCGCAUCUCCACGGCUUGUUGAUGACCUUUCGAGGCGCUCUUCAGUAUCCUCCCGCAGGUUUUCUGCCAACCAAGGCCCUGAUGAAAAGGCAUUCCAGCAAAAACUUCUUUCCCUCGAGGCUGAGCUAAUUGCUGAGCGGGAACGUGCAGAUGGGCUGGAAAGAGAGGUUACUGCUCGCAAGACAGGUGCAGACGACAUGAAAUCACAAGUUGAAGAGGCAAACUCAUUGAAGAAGGAUCUCAUGGAAAAUUUUGACGCACAGCAACGAGAGUUUAUCGAAGAACGAAUGUCUCUUGAAAGCGAGAUCAGGCGCUUGAAAGCCAAACUAGAGGAACUCGAGGACGAGAUGGAUCGAUAUCUUGGAUCUCGUGAGAAUGAGAGGACCUCCAUUGACGAUCGCGUCCGUAGCUUGCAGGAUGAGCUUGAAAAGGCUCGGAAAGAAGCCAUCGCCGAGUCGCAAAAAGCCCAGGGCCAGGUUGACUUUCUCAGAGAUGAGGCCAAGAUGCAGCGUGAAACUAACGAUUCUCUGGAAAAGCAACUGCAAAAGCUUAGGCAAGAGAACAGAGGUCUUAUAACUCGAGCUGAGAAAGCCGAAGCCGAGGUUGAGUUGCAGGUGAAGACGCUUGGAGAUGUGCACUCGCAUCUCUCACCCACUUCAGCAGUUCCUGGAGACCUCGGCGUGCUGGCAAGUACCUUGGUCACUUUAUCCGGAGAUCUGGUUGCAGAACUAUAUUCUGUCAAGAGCGAUGCUGCCAUUUUGAGGUCCGAUCGUGAUGUUGCUCAAGCAGAUCUUGCCGAGAUCAAGUUGAAGAUGGAGAGCGUCAACGCGAAGCUCUCAACUGAACAAACGGAGGCAUUACAUUUGCGUGAAAGAUUGGCCGAGGAGCGUGCUAAGUUCACAGCGCUUGAAGCAGAGUUGAAUGAUGAGCGCCUUCAAUUAUCUACUUUGAGAACUAAGAUUUCAGACGGCGAAACCGGAUCGGAGGCCCUUCGAACUCGCUUGGAGGAGGAAGAACGAAAGGUCACAAGCAUGUCCGAGGAUCUAGCUGCUCGACAGUCACGACUUGGUGGCCUUGAGGAAGAGCUGAGAUCGGUGCAAGAAAAGUAUCACUUUGCGCAAGAGAAGCACGAAACACUCACAACCAGGUUCGAAGCACGAGGCUCACGCGCUAAAGAUCUCACUCACCGAGUUUACUCUCAGAAUGAUCGAUUAUGCAGACUUCUUGAAAGACUGAGUUACUCUGUGACUCGCGAAGGGGAUUCGAUGAUAAUUCAAAGGGUACCAAGACUUGAUCGUUCGAAUGCGAAUGAUUCUUCGGACCCAGGUUCGACAAUUAGACGGAGCAUCUCGGGGGCUAUCACUAGAAAGUCCAUGGCUGACAGUGGAGAUCUGGAUUUACUCUAUUGGAUGAACAGUGAUGACCCAGAGGCUGAGAGCGGGAAGUAUGAGGCGUUCAUGCAUGCAAUUGGCAACUUUGACGUCGAAGCCUUUUGUGAAGUGAUCACAAAGCGCGUCAAAGACAUGGAGUACACCGCCAAGAAAUACUCUAAAGAUGCUCGUGCAUACCGGGACAAGUCCCAUGCGGCUCAAAAGGAAGCUCAUGAGAAGAUUGCUUUCAAGAACUUUAAAGAGGGCGAUCUGGCAUUAUUCUUGCCAACACGCAACCAGACUACUGGUGCUUGGGCGGCAUUCAACAUCGGGGCCCCUCAUUUCUUCUUGAAGGAACAAGAGUCUCACAAACUGCGCACCAGGGAUUGGCUUCUGGCCCGAAUCCACAAAAUUGAGGAUCGAGUAGUCGAUCUCUCCAAAUCAAUGUCGGGAACUCACUUGCAGCCCUCUGAUCGAAGGUCGCUGACUAGCAACGGGGGCGACUCCUUCGAAGACGACAACCCGUUUGAUCUUUCCGAUGGCCUGCGAUGGUACCUGAUUGAGGCCUCGGAGGAAAAGCCUGGUGCACCGUCAACUCCUGGUCUGGGCAAAAGCACUGUAGCAAGCACACACGUUGAUGCAACCGGUAGCAUUCGUCGCAGCAAGAAGUCAUCCAGCAGCGGCAUGGAUGGAAUCAACAAAACCCUCAGCAAAAGUCUGGACAGCAGACGCAGUAGCAAUAACUCAAAGAAAUCAGUCCCUUUGGCCACCACACUUGACAGGACGGGCUCCACAGCUACGGAUACAGCAUCUCUCAAGGCUCCUGCUACUACCCAGACAGCCAACGAGGGCUCAGAAGCACAGAUGAUUAGGCCGAGCAGCCGACAUGACGGUAAUGGAAGCGGAGACAAAGGUCUCAUCAAUCCCGAGGUGCGAAGCGUUGACAACUUGAUGGGCCCCUGAACGAGCGCUGAUGGGGUUUAGAAUAUUACAAAAUCAAAUGUGACAUCCACUGGAACAAGCCCUGCUAAGAAAUCAAUGAUAUGGGACUCUUUAUGGUCUUUGGACUUGAGUCUGGAGAGCGGAAAAAACAAGAAGUAAAGCCUGGAUAGAGAGCUUUGGUAUCUGCAUUAUGGAGGCGUUGCACGGCUUCGCGGGUGGCGUAUGUGACAGUUUACGGGCAUCAUGCAGCAUGAAAGUUGUUGAUAGCUUGUGUUUGCGCUUCUUGGCACUGCGAAUGAUACCACUUUGUUUGCUUCAGAAGUUUAUAAUUCAGAUCCAUACAAACACAAAUGCAAAUUUGCUACUGAUUUCUUCUGAUCGCAGCAUUGGCCGCGAGGUAAGUUACAGAUCAAGUAGGGAAGCAAUCCAGAACAUCCCACGCCUCAAGCUUGCACCUGAUCGUAUGUAUUGGAGUAGACUAUCAGCUACCCUGCAUGAUAAUCUAGCCGGUCUGAAUAGUCUCAUUGGCUUACUUGGAGCAAAAUUUCUCCAAGCGGAUUAGAAACUACUGUCACCUCGGAUGGCCAUCGUUGAAUUUCUCAGUGAAG